AUGCACCCCCAAACCACAGAAUCACUCUGUCUCCCAUUCAUUGACCUUCCUGUACCCUGCACUGUUACUAUGCUUGAUGGGUCAAAAACAUUCCUCAUUUGUAACACUGGAACUCACUUGGCCAUCUUAGGAUUGAAAUGGUUGGACACUCACAGUCCAGAAAUAGAUUGGGACUUGCGCACCCUCUCCUUCCCUCAUUCUCCCCUGGAACACAUUGCCAUUGCCAAGGAAGAAGAAGCUGACAAAGACCUGUUGAAUGGAGUACCCCCUGUGUCAUAA